UAUAAAAAUUUGGCUGAACAAAAGAAAACCAUACAUUUUAUUAUUGCAAUCUAAGACAAUGGCAUCAGCACUUUCACAAAAGGAAGAAAAUUAUGUUAGAAUGAGCUUGUUACUGACAGGAAUAUCUCCUCGUGCAGCUAGAGUUUUGUUUGAUCACGAAUUUGUUCCAUCAUGCUUGGUUGCCUCGCUGAAGAAAGAGUACAAUAAACUAAGAGAACUUCAAAAGAAGAGAAUAAUAAACCAGUCCCAGUGGAAUCUCCUGUGUCCGAGAUUUCCUGAUGUUCCCGAUUCAAAAAUAUUUGAUGUAACUCUAAUAAUGAUAUUAUUAAAAAACUUGACAAAACUGACCCCUCCUCAUGGUGGAUAUGACACGUUGCCAUCUUCUAACGAAACGACACCAACAUCAGAUUUAGCCAGAAUAAAAUAUUACAGAAAUUUCCUGGCUCACCUUGAUGAGGGAAAAGUAGACAACAAUACAUUCAAUACAGCAUGGGACAAUGUUACUGAAGCUAUCAGCAGAUUAGGUGGACAAGGAAUGAAACAGGAGUGUGAUGACCUGAAGGUGAAGAUACUUAAUCAGACUAAUCAGGAAAUGAUACUUAACAUUAAACGUUCAAAUGAUGAAAUAACGGAACUGAAAAGUCAGUGGAGAGCUUGAAAAAAGCCAAUGAAGAUAUGACAGUAGAAGUUAACAAGUUAAAACUAUCUCAUGAAGAUACAGUACCAUGGAAUAUUAGGGCACAAAACAGUGAGAUCCUCGUGGAGUGGAAGGACAAAGACAAUAUGUUUAUAACAACCAGAGGUGCAACACAUGUACUGAAAUAUAUAAAAGAGAACAGUUGUGUAACUAUUAUUGCUAGUUCUGGUGUGGGUAAGACGGCAACACUCCGACAUGUGGCUUUACAAAUGGGAAAGGAAGGAUACGAUUUACUUCUAGUUACAGAUCCACGUUACAUUGUUAAGUUUUAUAAUCAAACCCAGAAAACGUUGUUUGUUAUUGAUGAUUUAUGUGGAAACUAUUCCUUAAACCAGACUAACAUAAAUGUUUGGGAACCAUUCAUGGAGCAAAUACAAAAGAUUCUUUCAACUGAACUUGCCAAAAUAAUUGUAGCAUGUCGAUUACAAGUGUAUCAGGAUGACAAGUUUGAAUCUUUAUCAGUUUUCAAAUCAUGUGUCUGUAACCUGAUAUCAGAUAACAUGUGCUUGUCAAAAGUUGAAAAAGAAUCAAUAGCUGAAGUAUAUCUUAAGGAAAAAGCACCUGAGAUUAAAGAUUUUUAUAAUUUAUAUGAUUGUUUCCCACUUUUAUGCAAAUUGUAUUAUGAAAAUCCUGCACAUACUACCAUAGAUUUUUUCCAGAAUCCUUUUACAGUUUAUGAAGCAGAUGUUGACAAACUACAGAAGAAAGGAUUUUUUGGUAAGUACUGUGCUUUGGCUUUAUGUGUCAUGUUUAACAAUAAUUUGAAGGAAGAGAUAUUAACAGAGGGGAUGAAUGAAGAAACAAGAACAAUUAUUGAGAACACAUGUGAGGCAUGUAAGUUGCAUAGAGGGACAUCCAGGCUUACUUUGCAGGAUGAACUGAACUCAUUUAUACAUACAUUCCUCAAAAAGGAACAAAACAUAUACAAAACUAUUAAUGAUAAAAUGUUCGACUUUCUGGUGUACUUCUUUGGACAGAAAAUAAUUACAUGCAUGAUAAAAUAUGCACAUAGUAGCUUGAUCAAGGAAAGAUUUCUGUUAGGAAAACAAGACAAUGUGGAUCGGUUUAAAACAGUUGUGUCUCCUGACAAUCAUGAAAUGUAAUUACAAAGAAUGAUUGAUGACUGGUCAAAGGGUAAAGUCGAUGAUGUGUUUAGUAACAUAAAUAUGAAUAUAUCUCAGUUCAGAAACAAGUUUAUCUGUUGUUUGAAAAAACUGGAUGUAACUUACCAGAAACAAUUAGCACUCACCUGUGAUGAACAUAGCAAUGAUACUGCACUGCUAUUGUCAUGUUUUAUAGGUGACAGCCAUAUGAUUCGUUGGUGUAUUAAUAAUAAUGGUAAUGUUGAUCAGUGUAGGAGUAAUGAGACAACACCAUUGAAACUAGCUGCCCAGGAAGGUUUGACUGAAAUAGUAAGGAUGUUGUUGAACAAAGAAGCAGAUUAUAAAAAAUGUAACAAUGAUGGAUGGUCACCUGUCAUUAGUGCUUGUCAAAAUGGACGAACAGAAAUAGUAAGGAUGUUGUUAGACAAAGGAGCAGAUUAUAAUACAUUUGAAAAUAAUGGUGUGUCAUCUGUAAUGUGUGCUUGUAGAUAUGGCCAUACAGAAAUAGUACGAAUGUUGUUAGACAUAGGAGCAAAUUAUAAUAAAUGUGAUAAUAAUGGUUGGUCACCUGUACGUAGUGCUUGUAGAUAUGGACAUACGGAAAUACUAACGAUGUUGUUAAACAAAGGGGCAGCUUAUGACACAUGUAACAAUACUGGUUGGUCACCUGUACUUACUGCUUGUAGAUAUGGGCAUACAGAAAUAGUAAAGAUGUUGUUAGAUAAAGGGGCAAAUUAUGAUACAUGUAACAAUGAUGGUUGGUCACCUGUAUUUAGUGCUUGCAGAUAUGGACACAUUGAAAUAGUAAGGAUGUUGUUAGACAAAGGAGCAGAUUAUGAUAUAUGUAACAAUGAUGUUUGGUCACCUGUAAUGAUUGCUUGUAGUUAUGGACAUACAGAAAUAGUAAGGAUGUUGUUAGACAAAGGAGCAGAUUAUAAUAAACGUAACAGUAAUGGUUUGUCACCUGUAAUGCUUGCUUGUAUUGAGGAACAUGCAGAAUCUACAGAAAUAGUAAGGAUGUUGAUAGACAAAGGAGCGGAAUAUAAUACAUGUAGCAAUGGUGGUUGGUCACCUAUUAAUAUUACUUGUAGAAAUGGACGUACAGAAAUAUUAAGGAUGUUGUUAGACAUAGGAGCAACUCCUUUUAAAUGUAACAAUGAUGUUUGGUCACCCGUAAUGAUUGCUUGUAGAGAAGGACAUGAAGAAAUAGUAAGGAUGUUGUUAGACAAUGGAGCAGAUUGUAAUACAUGUGAUAAUGAUGGUAGGUCACUUGUAAUGAGUGCUUGUAGAAAUGGACAUAUAGAAAAAGUAAGGAUGUUGCUAGACAACGGAGCAGAUUAUAAUAAAUGUGAUAAUAAUGGUUGGUCAUCUGUAAUAUUUGCUUGUAGAUAUGGACAUACAGUAAUAGUAAGGUAUUAUUAGGCAAAGGAGCAGAUUAUAAUAAAUGUAACAGUGAUGGUGUGUCACCUGUAAUGCAUGCUUGUAGAUUUGGACAUCCAGAAAUAAUAAGAAUGUUGUUAAAUAAAGGAGCAGAUUAUAAUACAUGUAACAAUAAAGGCCAGUCAGCUCUAAUAAUUGCUUCAGAAAGAGGUCAUAGUGAUAUAGUUAGUAUAAUAAAUGAGCAUUCGAGGAAAGAAACAGGUACAUAACACUAUAAAGAUAUUUAAGAUUUGAAGUUUGAAGAUUUUGAUUUAGAUUUAACAUUAAAUUAACUUUAACCUCUACGUCAUUUGGUCUAUUGUGGAGAGUGGUCUCAUUGGCAAUAAUAUCACAUCUUAUUUUUAUCUUUUUUUUCAGAUAUUUCAGUUAGAAGAUUUCAGAUUCGUCAAUUAAUUAACCUUAACUCUAAAUACAUAAAUCUUAAACUGUCGUCGUAUUAUUUCUUAAUAAUCACUGUACUUCUAAACAAUUAAUGUCCCGAAUAUUCAAGAAAUAUUUAUUUGCCACUGGAUGUUAAGCAUCAACAAUCAAUCAAUCCCAAAGAUUAAUACACAGAAAACGCAUGUUGUGCUAUUGAUAUGAUAGUUAAAAAUCCAAAUAUAGAUUAUAUAUUGUAGCAUUUUAAAGCUAAACUACAUGUGUUCCCAAACUUAAUCAGUUUUAUCCAAUGAUGGUAGGUGACAGUGACAGACAAAUAUUCAUGCUUUGCCCCUUUUCUCAAGAACCAUAAAAGAUAACAAAAAACUAUAAACAGCAAAAUCAACAGCAAUGCAGAAUAUAGAAAAAAGCCCGAAACCAUUGGACGAGUCCUUAUAGAAGUUGUUGACCUUGCAACAAUUGUUUGACUCAUUUUUAUUAUUAUGCAAAUUAAUUUGGAAACUAUAAUAGAUAGAUAGACAUUGUAAAUAGCAAAAUGGUCAGUUAUGGAAAAGCUUCAAAUAUAGCAAAAAUGGCUGAAACCAUGUAUGCUCGUAAAAUCAAUUUCACAAUUUUUGGUAAACUAUUGCAUACAAAUUUAGCACGUUAAAAUUUAAAAGAACAUCGAAUUUAUUUUAUUAUUUGAAAUAUUACUGAUUUAAUUCUUUUAAAAUAGAUGAACAUUUGUAGAGAAGGCACUUUGAGUUAGCGAAAAACGAAUAUAUCUUAAAAACAUCAAAUCUCCAAUCUUGAAUUUAUAGGUUAUUCUUAAAAAUAACUAUAUCUUGUGAGACAUACAUUUCCGUUUUAAUGAUGUAAAAUAAUAAUAACUGUUUAAUGUUUUGUAGCAUUUUCUGAAAUUUAUUACAUGUGAAAAUGCUUCACCAUUUUUAUUGUAUAAUGUGUUUUCAAAUUCGUUUCCCCUUACUUCCUGUUUACUGUAAACUUAAAACGAGGAUUUCAUAAGGUUGACUGGUUCCCUCUCCUUUUUCUGUUUGGCUCUGUUAUCGGCCCUUGACAACAAGGGUGACUGAGAUAACCGUAUGUUGCAAAAGAGUGGACCAGCCUAAUCAUAAAUAAGCAAUAGCUCAUAGUUGUACUUGUUUGUACCUUUAAGUUGGUGUGUAUACAGGCUCAAAUGAUUGUGCAUACGAUUGUAGAGAAGUAUGUUAAUGUGUAUUUAAGUAUAUUGUUAUUACGUUAUAACCACUAUUUUAUUGUAAUUUGAUUAAAUAUGAUCAUAAUAUUUUUGUAUGAUUUCUCAAUAAAUACCUCGGAGUUAUGUACUAAAAAUGUACUGAUAAUUUUGACGUCUGUUUAUCACACUGGUAUUAACUUAUAAUUUGACAAUUGUUUACAACAGAGUUGUUCACUUAGAAUCAAAUAAUUGUUAAUCACAGACUUAUAUAGUUAUCAUUUGACAAUUGUUUACAACAGAGCUGUAUACUUAUAAACAAAUAAUUGUUAAUCACAGACUUAUAUAGUUAUCAUUUGACAAUUGUUUACAACAGAGUUGUUUACUUAUAAUCUUACAAUUGUUUUCUACUUAAUUACUUGCUUGUAAUUGAAGAAUUGCGUAACUCGGAACUAUUUACUUAUAAUAGGAUAAUUCUUAACCAUGUAGGUGUUUACUUACAAUUUGCAAUUGUUCACCACUUAGAUAUAAUUAUUACUUGUAACCACAUAGUUGUUUACUUAUAAUCUUACAACUUUUUACCACAGAAUUAUUUACUUAUAAUUUAACAAUUGUUUACCUCAGAGUUGUUUAAUUAUAAUCUGACGAUUGUUUACCACAGAAUUUAUUACUUCUAAUUUUAACAAUUGUUUAUCACAGAGCUGUUUUCUUAUAAUUUGACAAUUGUUUAUUGCAGAGAGUUGAUUAAAUUAUAAUUUGUUUAUUCAUAAUUUGACGAUUGUUUACCACAAAGUUAUUAUAACUGAUUAUUUUACAAUUGUUUUGAACAGAGUUGUUUAUGUAUAGUUCGACAAUUGUUUUCCACAUUUAUUUUUAAUUAUAAUUUGACAAUUGUUUACCACAAAUUUGUUUAAUUAUAAUUUGACGAUUGUUUACCUUAUAGUUUGAUAAUUGUUUACCACAGAGUUGUUAAUCAUAAUUUGACGAUUGUUUACCAUAAACCUUUUUUUAUUUAUAAUUAUAUAAUUGUUUACCACAGAGCUAUUAACUGAAAAUUUGACAAUUGCUUUCAACAGAGUUGUUUAUGUAUAGUUAGACAAUUGUUUACCUCAGAACUGUUUACUUAUGAAUUGACUAUCAUUAACAACAAAGAUGUUAAAUUAUAAUCUUACAAUUGUUUACCACAUAAUUGUUUACCUAUAAUCCUACAAUUGUUCACUGCAGAAUAAUUUACUUAUAGUUUGACAAUUGGUUACCACAGAGUUAGCUAAUUACAAUUAAAUGAUAAAUAACGACAGAAUAUUUCACUGACAAUUUUAACAAUUGUUUACCACAAAGCUGUCUCUUAUGAUUAAACAGUUGUUUACCACAUAAUUAUUUACUUACAAUUUGAUAAUUGUUUACCAAAGAAUUAUUUACUUAUAAAUAUGACAAUUGUUUAUCAC